AUACAAAGGUAAACGUAUAAAAUAAACGCGAUUCCAGAACAGAGCAUCACAUUAUCACUUGCAUUUGGCGAGCCAACUUGUUCUCAAACCAAACACAAAACCAACCCCAACAAAAUGUUCAAGCUGUUCAUCUUCGCCUGCUUCCUGGCCUUCGCCGCCGCCAAACCCGGCAUUGUAGCCCCCGUGGCGUACACCGCGGCGUACACCGCGCCCGUUGCUGCGGCGUACACCGCGCCCGUCGCCGCCGCGUACACCGCGCCUGUCGCCUACUCCGCCUACUCUGCCUACCCCGCCUACUCAGCCUACACUUAUGCUUCCCCUUACUCCUACUACCUUCGUCGCUGAUUUCAACCCGCACCUGAUAAACAGUGUACACAAAUUCUUGAAAUUAUUAAUGUAUUUAGUGAUAUAUGAUGAAGUCAUUAACUUAUGUAUAACAUAAUAAUUUUGACAAUUUGUGUAUUGUUAAUACU